GCUGUGGACUCCCCACCACGGGCAGGAGGAUGGGCAGGCUGGGGAUCCUGGGGAAAAUCUCUGCUCUCAUCUGCAUCAGCCACAGUAGGUCAUGGGUUAACUGCAGUCAAGGAAAAGGCUGGGGCAACCCUGCGAAUCCACAGUGUCAAUUCUGGAUCUCCUGAAGGGGUACCAACUGAUGCCGAAAAUGCAUUUUCUGAAAAUGUGACUCCAGAUCAGGACCCUGCCGGGGGCCCCCACACUUCUCCUCCGCCAGGGGCAGCAGGGUCGAGGGGCAUGCUGUCAGCCCUCACCAACGUGGUUCAAAACACGGGCAAAAGUGUCUUAAGCGGAGGUCUGGAUGCUCUGGAAUUCAUUGGAAAGAAAACCAUGAAUGUCCUCGCAGAAAGUGACCCAGGGUUUAAGCGGACGAAGACACUGAUGGAGAGAACCGUUUCCUUGUCCCAGAUGUUGAGAGAGGCCAAGGAGAAGGAGAAGCAGAGGUUGGCACAGCAGCUCACAGUGGAGAGGACUGCACACUAUGGGAUGCUUUUUGAUGAAUAUCAAGGUUUGUCACACCUGGAAGCCCUGGAAAUUCUGUCCAAUGAGAGUGAGAGCAAGGUUCAGUCAUUUUUAGCAUCGCUGGAUGGAGAAAAGCUAGAACUCUUGAAAAAUGACCUAAUUUCUAUCAAAGACAUCUUUGUAGCCAAAGAAUCCGAAAGUGAAGCAAGUCCAGAAGAACAAGGCCUGCAAGAAAAGGGCGAAGAAUUUGCUAGCAUGCUUACCGAACUCCUGUUUGAAUUACACGUCGCCGCCACACCUGACAAACUCAAUAAGGCCAUGAAGAAAGCUCAUGACUGGGUGGAAGAGGAUCAAAGCCUGGUAUCAAUAGAUGUGGCAAAAAGUUCAGAGGAGGAAGAGAAAAAGGAAGAAAAGGAAGAGCAAGCUGAAGAGCCUGAAGAAGACAAAGUAGGGGAGAAAGGAACUAAGACUGUAGAGGAAGUGUACAUGUUAUCCAUCGAGAGUCUGGCUGAAGUAACUGCGCGCUGUAUCGAGCAACUUCAUAAAGUUGCAGAGUUAAUUCUUCAUGGACAAGAAGAGGAGAAACCAGCUCAGGACCAAGCAAAAGUUCUGAUAAAAUUGACCACAGCAAUGUGCAAUGAAGUAACCUCCUUAUCAACAAAGUUUACAAAUUCUUUAACCACUGUUGGGAGCAACAAGAAGGCUGAAGUCCUUAACCCCAUGAUCAAUAGUGUGCUUUUAGAGGGCUGCAAUAGCACCACGUACAUCCAGGACGCCCUCCAGCUACUGCUCCCGGUGUUACAGGUCUCUCACAUCCACACCAGCUGUUUGAAGGCUGAGACCCAGCUAGACUCCAGCUAGUUCAGUGGCUGGCCAAGUCUGUUCACUACACACCAUUUACAGGGGACAGUCUUCAACAUCACAGGCGGGACCACCCAUCCAAGGACACUACAAGCAGUUUUGCACAGUUUUGCAAAUACAGAGAGUUAACAUUUCUCUUAAUGUAUAUUGUUGUUUUAUCAAUAAUUGUAUUUUCAUUAUAUUAACUUAAACUUAUACUUGUUAUAUUGACAUUUUCCUUUAAUUUGCAGUUCAUUCACAAAUACGUGUUUCCCUGGUCAAAUAUGCUAUAUCUAGAAAUCCAUAGGGAGAUCCUACAUUUUUGUGCAUCUUUGAAAUGUUUAUCUUUAAGUGCCCUAUUUUUCUAAAACAUGGAUUUAAGUCAGUUCUUACACUGAACUUCAUUUUGUUGUAUAAAUAUCACAAGCAAAAAUAACACUACUUAUUUGGUUUUUAAAAGGGACAUAAAUAUAUUUUUAUAGUCAUUCAUUUUGUGACAAGAUUUAUUGAGCACCUACUAUGUGUACCAUAAAGGAAUAUGACCUCACUCCAAUAGAGACAUGUUCUGAAAGAUGACUUAUAAUAACUUUUGAUAUAUUUUAAGAUAUGAAAACAUUUUCUAAACUUUAAAACACUUGAAGAACCAAGUAAAUUGGUGGUUACUUAAAAUGUGCUAUCCUUCAAUUUAUUACAAUUUUCAUUCUUUGAACUUUUUUAAUACCAAAAUUACCUCUAGGGUAAAAAUAUGUAUGAAAAGGGGUGUGAAAAAUAUUUAUUUUUGAGACAGGAUCUCACUAUGUAGUCCUGGCUAACCAGGAACUCACUAUAUAGACCAGGCUGGCCUCAAACUCACAAACUGCCUGCCUCUGAUUCCCAAGUUCUGGGAUUAAAGGUGUGCACAACCAUGCCUGCUUGGCCUGAAGAAGUAGGAUUUUAAUUUAGGAUAUAUGAUGGCAAAAUUGGAAAACUUGGAUGUUUUUCAAUAGAAAAUUAAAGGGGUUUUAGCAUGUAGAAGCCCAGACCUGCCUUCCAAAAAUACCUACUAAACCAAUCACACACACACACUGUGGUGCAAGGGUAAAAAAUACUGGUGUGUGUUGGCCAAGUGGUAUAUUGAUUCAGGGAGACGCCUCGAAGACCUUGCAGCUAGCAGUGGCAAUGACAUUGGGCUCUUUCUGAGCCGCACCUGCUCUUGGCAGGUUGGGGUCUGUGGCAUGCUUCUGUUCCAGAGCCUCACUGACAACCAUACCAGCAGUUCCAAAAUAGUCAUGCCCAGUGGCUAUAUCCUAGAGCAAUUGAUGUGUGUAGUCUUCAAAGGGAGAAAGUCACUAUGCCUUUCUUUAUUUCUGUGAUAGAAUCAACUGUCUCUGUUCCCUACAGGCUAAGUAGAUAUUUGAAUAUUUUCAGCAGCAUUUUUUUGUGUGUCUGUGUUUUGUUUCUCAGCUGUAUGUCUCCUGAAACAACCAAAUAAAAAGCAUAAGGCCAAUUUAUUUGCAACUCAGAAAAAUAAAAUUCUCUCAUAAACCAUC